ACAGCAAAAAAUAUCGAAGUUUGUUGACAUGGUAUGUUAGUGACAGUGACAGUAACUUUCAUGUACUUUUCUCUGCGGAAAUCCUCUUCAUCCAACAUUGGGCGUAGAAAAAACUGCGCAUUUGAAGAUUAAGUAGUUCGAGUCGAGUUGGAGUAGUCUCAUUGGUGAUUGGUCUAUUAACCUGAGACGGCUGAGACCAAAUCGGAGGGGGCCAGAGCAGGCGGCAGAGAGAGCGCGUUUCACACCUUCCCCAAGAUGGCGGAGACGCACGGUGCCUCGCAGAGCUCCCGCUUCACGUCGUGCCGCUUAUCUGUCUUCUUAUGCGUGAAAAUAUAUUUUUUGCAAUGUAGCUAAAUGUAGACAAUUGUCAAUUACGUUGUCAAGUGUAUCGUUGUUCUUGUCUCAGUUGUUUUUUUUCCAAUUGUGAGAAGUUACACAGCCAAGAAAGCAGACAUAAUUGAUCAAAAUGACCACCCAGUACUCAAGAAAUGUCUUGAAGGUCGUAGUGGCACAAAUAUGUCAGACUAUUGGCUGGCAUUCAAUUCAUACUACUCCACUGGAGUUUAUGGUUGAUCUAAUGCAAGAAUAUAUUUUUCAUCUUGCAAAACUAAGUCAACAGUAUUCCCAAGUUUUAGGAAGAUGUGAGGCCAAUUUGGAUGAUUUAGGUUUAGCUUUUCAGGACAUGAAUAUUGAUUUGCAAGAAUUAGCAGAAUAUAUAAAAAAUGUUGAACCUGUGCCUUGUGCUUUAUCUGUACCCAAAUUGCCUAUUCAUAAAGAAAACCAUCUGAAUUUUUUAAAGCCAGGUAGUCGAGAAGUUGUUACUCGACCUGUGCAUGUUCAUGAACACUUGCCUGCCAUGUAUCCCGAAGUUGAAGAAGAAUAUAACAAAAUGGAAGCUAAAGAAGUAGAAGCAACAAGUGCUGUGAAUCAAGUGACUAACAGCUUUGAGGAAGAGUUCAAUGAUAAUAAUAACGUAGUAUCUUUCAACGGACAAACAAGCGAAGAUAGUCCUAUAAAAGCUAGUAAUCAGGCCGUCUUCAAGAGGCCAGGCGAUCCAGUCUCGUUUGAUGGGGCUGUUACAAAGCGCGCAAAAUUGUCUGAAGAGAGCCGUCCGCUUCGUGAGAUUCAUAGUGUGAUUAUGACGACUUCGGGUUAUUUGUCAACGGCUCGUGAAGGUAAGCUUCCCGAGGCAAGGACUCCUCAGCAGGAGCGCCCGGAAUCUCCGCCUCCACUCUCACCUCCAACUCUGCCUCCCCCAUCAACACUGCCGCAUCCUCAGCCACAGACUCAGACACAACCGUCUACGCAGCCCAGUGUACCUGAAGUUAAAGCAGAAAAAAAAAUAAAGAGAACUUUGAAGAAGACCGAGGAUGGAAAGCCGGAAAAUAAGGAGAAUAAGAAAAGAAAAACAAUCCCUAAAGACACACUGUUUCAGCCAGACGAGAUUAAGGACGUUAAAACUAAAAAAUUUGGUGGAACAAAGGAUGUAGCUAAGGUGAAGGGGGCCAAGUCUGGAGCCAAGGUUAUCAGUUCCAAUUUAGCUGGGCCAUCUAAUAUUCCUAUAUCAGGAAAGCUGGCUGGUACUAGUCCAAAGCAAACAAAGAACAAUGUGAGUAAAAUAAAGGUUGACAAAUCUGACAAUCUGUCGAAUUUGAGUAUCCCGUUCAUGAAUGAACGUAAAGAUGAACCGGUUGACAAGCUGCCUAUUGAGCCAGACAAGCAAAAGCUGAACAUAUUCAAAAAAAUUUCGUCCAAGCCUAAAGAAGACAAAGAUCGAGUCUUUUCGGAUCCCCAGCAUAAACUCAAAGAAGCUCCUCAGGAAAAUUUGUUUCCUAAUGUAACGGACCUUGAAAGAUAUCGGGUCGAUCCGAUGAUCAAACAGGAAGACAAGAAGCCGAUAUUACCACAAAAUUCGCUGUUAAACAACAAUUUGGUACGUGCUUCAGAAGACAACGUGAUGAGUAUGAUGAGCCCAGGCUCGGACGGCUUUAUGUUUGAUAUGUCACCGUCUCAGCUUCGAGUACCAAGCACUCCAAAGACGCCAGAACUGAGUGUGCCGAACCCAGUUAUGGCCUUUGACCAGCAGAAGAAAAAGAGGAAAGAAAAGGGUGGCAAGAAAAAGGAGCCUAAAAUUAAGGCUCCUAAGAAUAUUAUAAGUCCAAAGAAGGCUCGUCUGUCGAAUGACUCUGUAACUGACUUGAACAUGCUAGAUCGGCCAAAGACGCCGCAGGCUCCAGAUCAAAUGCAACCGCAGUUAAUACCUCCACCAGCUGCCACUGUGCGUGAUCAGAGUAUGCCAUCCUCGUUGCCGUUCCCGUUUUUCCCUCCGUUUCCGACAGCCCCCGGACUCAUACCGCAUCCAAUGUUUCCGUUGCCGCUGGCCGCGAAGGGCUUAUCAGGCAUACCGUCGAUACCCGGUGCCCCCAACCCAGCAAUGAUGUUGGGCCAGCGUUUUUUCAGGCCCAAGCUCGAAUGUGUUCGACCACCGCUUGUACCGCCUUCGUUUAUUGGUGGUGACCCACCUUCACAGCCUCAUCCACAUCAGCAGCAGUUGCUGCAACAGGUUUUUCCUGCCAAGCAGGCACAGCAUCAGCCACUGCAACAGCUAGAUAAACUGAAGACCUCUAGAAGUCCCGAUAAAGAACCAAAACUCGUGACUCAGCCAUUCCAUUUCGAUGUAAACCAGUCGUUGUUAGUCAACCAGCCACCGGUUAUGAGCAACGUUCCCGUCGGAGUACCUACUCCUCUUGUACCGAUUACAACACCGUCCGUUGCAUCUGUACCUCUGCUUCCAUCCCCUGCCCUAACCACUGCUAAACCUUCCAAGUUAGAAAAAAAUAAGAAUGAAAAGAAAUCGAAAGAGCAUAAGAAAGAAAAGAAAGACAAAUUAAAAAAGAAGAAGGAAAAGAAAGAAAAGCAUAAAGAAAAGGGAGAAAAGCUGAAAGAAAAGAAGGAUAAGAGCGAGAAGAAGGAAAAGUUAGAGAAAAUAAGAGAAAAGAAGGAAAAAAAAGAAAAAAGAAAAGAAAAAGAACUGAACAAAAAGAUGAAGGAAGAAAAAAUUAUUGAAAGUGUUCCAAAGCUUACUCUUAAACUGGGACCAGCUGGAGGCUCGCCACGACCACCGACUCCGGAUAAUGCCUUGAUGAAGAAAAUUACGAUAAAGCCGCCAAAGAAACCAGAGGAUGAAAUAAUAAAACGUGAGCCAACACCAGAACUGGCGCGCAUCUCGCCUUUAGUGACAAGGCCACCCAAGCAGAAGUCAAAGGCAAAAGCAGAUGCGGUUGCGAAAAAGGACGGUACUAAAGAAGAUAAAGAAAACGGCGGGCUCGCGUUAACUGCGAAAUCGGCUGUUACUGUGGACGCAAGUGGGCGAACUGUAUGGAUUUGUCCUACUUGCGGAAAGCAGGAUGAUGGAUCUCCUAUGAUAGGAUGUGAUGACUGUGACGCUUGGUAUCAUUGGGUAUGUGUUGGAAUUCAAGUAGCUCCCGCUGAUAACGAAGAUUGGUAUUGUCGCAUGUGCAUAGUUAAAAAGCAGGAGCAGUACCAAGAUAAAAAAAAGAAGAAACGUAAAAAGAAGAUGAAAGUGAGCGCCUAGUACAAAUUGCCCGGGUCUGGUUCUGUCAGGCCUGGUUUGUCACCCCAAGCUUUGGCUGCCAAAGUAAAGAAAAAAAGCUUGCCCAUAGUUGGAGGGAUCGGAAAGAUCGAAAAGACUUCGAAAGGCAAGGGAUUAAUAAAAAAAGAUUUCAGCAAAAAACUUUUCAAAGACAAGUCACAAAAGUGCAUGCCAGGAGUGAUACCAGAACUUAUUAAAGAUAGUAUUAAAAAGUGUAAAGAACUGUCUGUUGACUGAGUCGAGGUGUUUAUGUUUUUUGUGAUUUAUCAAACGCGUGUACGUUAGAUAGUUCAUCCUGUAAUUAUAUAAAUUGAUGAAAAAUGAAAUGAAAUAGUUGUACAUAUAUAAUAGUUGGAUAGACAAUAGUCGUCCAAAAAAAAAAAAAUGUUAUAAGCUUGCAAAGUUUAACCAAUCAGGGUUAUGACUCAAUUAUAUGUAAUUAUGUAAGAUUAGUGAUAAGUAAAUAAGCUAAUGAAGUAGAUUUACAUUGUAUUUUGUAACUGGAAAUAGUUUUUUUUUUUCUAUUCAAAUUUUAUAUGAGUUUGCAAAUUAAGAAUUUGAUCACAUUGUAUAUACACAUGUAUUAAUAAGUAUAUAUUUAUAUAUAUUUGUGUUAAAAUAUAAAUCUGGAAAAACUUAUUUUCCAAAUUAUUGAUUUUGAUUAAUAUUUCGCUGAUUUAAAAUACUAAAAUUAGCUAUCUUAUUCACAUACACUUGAUUUAAGUAUAAGAUGUGUGCAUAAGAUUAUUGCUUCAAAUUAUCAAUGCUCGUAUUGUUUAUAAAAAGUGGAAUCUUAACAUAAUGCGAGGUUAAUAAAAUAUAUUUACACAUUUGUAUCAGUUGAAAAUAUUUAUUGUAAA